AUGGAAGACUCGAACAACAGAUUGGACUCGGAGCUGAAGUCCUUCAGAGAGCAAUGGCUGUCCGAAGUGCGCACCAGAAAGGGCGACCAAAACACCCAGCCCAAGCCAUGCACCUCCUCAUCCGCCUCAACGGCACCAUCGGCAUCCCCGCCGUCCCGAAAUCCCGCGGCGCGCCAGCCCUCGCCUGCGAGGACCAGAAAAGCACCAUCGGCAGCUGGAGAGGAAGACGAGUGCUUGCGCGGCCCGUCCUUCGACGACGGCCCCGAGCCCUCGAGGAACGCCGCCACCGAUGCAGCCUCCAGAACUGCGCCAGAGAGGGAGCUCGUCUCCGCCCUGGAUCACUACGAGGAGGCAAUGGAGAAGGAGGCCUUGGGAAAGAUGGGCGAUAGCCUAAAAUUGUACCGCAAGGCGUACAGGAUGGACCAAGGCGUGGACCGCAGAUAUCGCGAGAAGCACUUCCCGCAGCAUAGCAAGCAGCAGCAGCAGCAGCAGCAACCUCUGGCAGCACCUGCAGCAGCGUCGUCAACGCCGACGCAAACCACGGCAUCGGCAGACGGCGCGCCCGCGGCAGAGGACAGCUCCGUGGCGCUCCCCAUCAAAGACCUCGUGUCCAGCUUCGCGGGGCUCCAAAUCGCAGCAGCGCCGCCCGAAAUAGACGGCGCGCCACCUCGGGCAUGCCCCCUCUCCUCGCUCCCCAGCGAGCUCCUCAUCCACGUCAUGCAGGACGUGGCGGCCCUCGACGUAGGCGACUUUGCGCGCCUCUCGCUCGUCUGCAAGCCGCUCGCGUACCUCGUGGCCACGGAGGAGCGGAUAUGGCAGCAAGUCUGCCUCGGCGCGCGGUUCGGCUUCGCGGGGAUGCACCACCGCUGGAGCAGGACGGUAGAGUGGGAGCCGCUCGAGGGCCGCCGAGACGACGCCGACGCCGACGCCGACGCCGACGCAGAAACCACGGCCACCGUCACCGGCUGCCUCGCCCUCGUCCCCGACACCUACGCGACCUGGAAGGCCAUGUUCCGGGCGCGGCCCCGGGUCCGCUUCAACGGGUGCUACAUCAGCACCGUCAACUACGUCCGCACGGGACAGGCGUCCGCCAGCCAGGCCACCUGGGGCGGCGCGCCGAUUCACAUCGUCACCUACUACCGCUACCUGCGCUUCUUCCGCGACGGCACCGCCAUCAGCCUCCUGACCACCUCGGAGCCCACCCACGUCGUGCAGCACCUGACACGGGACCUGCUGCACCUCCACCGGCGCGACACCGCGGGCAGCGCCGUCCCCGCGCACCCGCCGUCGGCGGCCAUGCAGCGCGCCCACAAGGGCCGCUGGCGGCUCUCCUCGCCCGGCACCGGCAUCGACGCCGACGCCGACGACGCCUCCCCCCCCUCUCCCUCUCCCUCUCCGUCCUCGCGGGCCGCUUCCCGCCGGCGCCGGCGCGAGGGCGACCUGACGGUCGAGACCGAGGGCGUCGACCCCAAGUACAUGUUCCGCAUGGACCUGUCGCUCCGCACGGCGGGCAAAGCCGCGCGCAACAACAAGAUUGUGUGGAGGAGCUUCUUUAGCUACAACAAUCUGACUGACGACUGGGCCGAGUUUACGCUCAAGCACGAUAAGCCCUUCUUCUUUGGCCGCGUGCGCAGCUACGGCACCGGCGAGUGA